AUGGCAGCGUCUUCUGCCACGAGCGAAGAAGAGAAGCAAGCAGAGUCGAUGGAUGUUGAGAAGCGGCAUCAUGGCGACAAAUUCGACGAGCAGAUUGGAAAGGAUGUGCCCUGCUUAGUGGUUGAAAAGGGUCCAGACGCAACCACCACGCCACUUGCACCUCCAGCGCUACAAGAUGGCGGCCUUCGAGCAUGGCUUCAAGUCGCAGGCUCCUUCCUGGUAUUCGGCAAUCUUUGGGGCUUCACGUUCGCUUUUGGCUCUUUCCAGUCUUACUAUGAGCUCGACUUCCUCGCUGGUACAUCCGCAUCGACCAUCUCGUGGAUUGGGACUGCGACAGUCUUCCUUCUCAUCCUCAUAGGAGUCUUCUCUGGCCCACUGUUCGAUCUUGGAUACUUCCGGACUAUGCUACUCGCCGGGGCCUUCAUGGAGACCCUGUCCGUCUUCUUGAUGAGUGUCUGCCACAACUACUGGCAACUCAUGCUGGCGCAAGGUGUCCUUCAAGGUCUCGGAAAUGGCCUCCUGUAUUUGCCUGGUCUAGCACUGGUCGGACGAUCGUUUAAGAAGAAUCGUGCGAUCGCAAUGGGCGUUACGACUUGCGGAGCGCCAGUCGGUGGCGUGAUCUAUACUCUGGUUUUCGAGCAGCUGAUCUCGAAAACAUCCUUCGGCUGGACUGUCAGAAUCAUGGGCUUCGUUAUGCUGGCAUCGUACUGCAUCUCGUUCCCUCUGUUGCUUUGGGGCGUUAAGAAUCUCGGCGGUCUUGCUUCGGGCACGCCGCGCAAGCUAUUCGACCGAGCAGCGCUCACAGAUGUGCCAUUCUGGGCGUACAGCACGGCCAACUUCUUUAUCUUCUGCGGCUACAUGGUACCAUUCACGUUCAUCCCAUCAUAUGGACAGGUCAUUAUGGGCAUGAGUCGAAGCUCUUCGCUAUACGUCGCAAUGGUCGCACAGGCCAGCAGCGUCCUCGGGCGACUGGUGGCUGGAUACACGGCUUCCAAAAUCGGCGUCCUCAUCCCAUGGAUCAGCUGCGUCACCUGCAGUGCAAUGUUCUGCAUCGCUUGGAUUGGAGUCGACAGUGUUGGCGGGUUCUACGCUAUCGCUGCACUGUACGGCUGCUUCAGUGGUGCGCUGAUUCCGCUACCUCCCAGCGUCUUCCCAGUUGUCUGUCCAGACCAGAAAGUCUUUGGAGCUCGUCUAGGCAUGGCGCAGGCUGUGGGCUCUGUUGCUAGUCUGAUCGGGUCACCUAUUGCUGCAGCUUUGGCAGAUGCAUCGAGCAGUGGUGGCCAGCCAAGCUAUCUGGGGCUACAGCUGUUCAGCGGGCUCAUCAUGCUUGCUGGUGCCAUCAAUCUGGUCUUUCUAUGGAUUGUGCUGGCGAAGCGAAGCAACGGAGGCAGUAAACUGAUCUGA